CUAUAGCCUCGCUUCGAUGUAAAUUCGUCCUCUUUGCCAUCCGUGGCCAUAUUGUAAAUAUGGGUCGAGUCAUUAGAGGCCAACGUAAGGGCGCUGGGAGUAUCUUCAAGUCCCAUACCAAACACAGAAAAGGAGCCGCCAAGCUCAGACCUCUGGACUACUCAGAACGCAAUGGUUAUUUGAAGGGGGUCGUUAAGGAGAUCAUCCAUGACCCAGGACGUGGUGCUCCUUUGGCCAUUGUCAGCUUUAGGGAUCCAUACCGGUACAAACUUAGGAAGGAGAUCUUUAUUGCUACGGAAGGCAUGUACACAGGACAGUUUGUUUACUGUGGAAAGAAAGCCACCCUUCAGAUAGGCAACUGUCUACCCAUUGGUGUUAUGCCAGAAGGAACCAUUGUCUGCAAUGUUGAAGAGAAAGCCGGUGAUCGUGGCAAGCUUGCUCGCACUUCAGGCAACUAUGCUACAGUGGUCUCACACAACCAGGAAACUAAAAGAACCCGAGUGAAGCUUCCCUCUGGGAUCAAGAAAGUGUACCCCUCCACCAAUCGUGCUAUGGUAGGCAUUGUUGCUGGUGGCGGUCGUAUUGACAAGCCAAUGCUCAAGGCAGGACGUGCCUACCACAAGUACAAGGCUAAGAGGAACUGCUGGCCACGUGUCCGUGGUGUGGCUAUGAAUCCUGUUGAACAUCCCCAUGGUGGUGGUAACCAUCAACAUAUUGGUACUCCUUCAACUGUUCGCCGAGACACUUCAGCUGGACGAAAGGUUGGUCUGAUUGCUGCCCGUCGUACUGGCCGAAUCAGAGGAGGAAAGAAAAACAUCAAGGGAGACAAAGAAACCGACUAAAUUGUACAUCUUCUCAGUUGCCCAAUAAAAUUAACUUUAAAUUUGA